UGAUGAUUCCUGUGCAGACUGCGGGUGGUCUCUGAAGUGAACUUUGUCUUGAGAAAGUCUGUCUCCUCUGGAUUAAACAGCAGCACAGUAGCAGCUGAGGGAUGUGUCCGCUGUGUGCAGCCCCGCCCUCAGCCUGUGGACCCAGCUGCACACAAACUGUCUGUCAGACUGAGAACCGACAAAACUUCACACACAAACAGAGAAGCAGCGCGUUUAACUCCGGAGACACUGAGAAUAAAAGAAGAGUUUGGAUUGUGUUGAUAUAUGAGACUGGGCAUGACGGUGCGGGCCAAGCUGAGGGUGUAGCCACAUCUGGCACAGACUGCUGAAGUAAGCAGGAGCCUGAACUGCACACCGAACUAUCCACUGCAGCAGGAAGAUGGGAGAGACGGAGGAGGAGAAUGUGGGGAAGCUGUUUGAGAACUUCGUCCAGGCCUCGACCUGCAAAGGAACCUUGCAGGCUUUCAACGUGCUCUGCAGGAAGCUGGACCUGGACCCGGCGGACAACGACACCUUCUACAGCAGUCUGAAGGCCAAAGUCACCUCCUGGAAGGCCAAAGCUCUGUGGACUAAACUGGACAAGAGGACGUCCCAGAAGGAGUACAAGAAAGGCCAAGCCUGUGUGGGAACUAAGUGCCUGAUCAUCGGAGGAGGCCCCUGUGGCCUGCGGACGGCCAUAGAACUGGCUCUGAUGGGGGCCAAAGUGGUUGUGAUCGAGAAGAGAGACUCCUUCUCCAGGAACAACGUGCUGCACCUCUGGCCCUACACCAUCCACGACCUGCGGGGCCUAGGGGCCAAAAAGUUUUAUGGCAAAUUCUGUGCCGGGGCCAUAGACCACAUCAGCAUCCAGAAGCUGCAGCUGGUCCUGCUGAAGGUCGCCCUGAUCGUUGCAGUCGAGUUUCACAUCAACGUGGAGUUUGUGAAGCUGCUGGAACCUCCAGAAGAUCAGGAGAAUGAAGGGCUCGGGUGGAGGGCUGCAAUCCGACCUGCUGAUCACCCCGUGGCUAACUUUGAGUUUGAUGUGGUGGUUGGGGCUGACGGACGCAGGAACACUCUGGAAGGUUUCAAGAGGAAGGAGUUCAGGGGGAAGCUGGCGAUCGCCAUCACGGCCAACUUCAUCAACAGGAACACCACCGCCGAGGCCAAAGUGGAGGAGAUCAGCGGCGUGGCCUUCAUCUUCAACCAGAAGUUCUUUCUGGACCUCAAAGAGGAGACAGGUAUUGAUCUGGAGAACAUCGUGUACUACAGGGACAACACUCAUUACUUUGUCAUGACGGCCAAGAAACAGAGUCUGCUGGACAAGGGAGUCGUUAUUAAUGAUUACGUUGACACCCAGAUGCUGCUGAGCAGUGAGAACGUCAACCAGGAAGCUCUGCUCUGCUACGCCCGAGAGGCUGCUGACUUUGGCACCAACUACCAACUUCCCACGCUGGACUUUGCCAUGAACCACCUCGGGCAGCCAGACGUGGCCAUGUUUGACUUCACUAACAUGUACGCCUCCGAGAACGCCGCUCUGGUCCGGGAGAGAUACGGACACCAGCUGCUGGUGGCGCUGGUCGGAGACAGUCUGCUGGAGCCCUUCUGGCCGAUGGGGACCGGCUGUGCUAGAGGCUUCCUGGCUGCCUUCGACACGGCCUGGAUGGUGAAGAGCUGGGCUCAGGGUCGCACCGCUCUGGAGGUGCUGGCAGAAAGGGAGAGUAUUUACAGGCUGCUCCCUCAGACAACAACAGAGAACAUCGCCAAGAACUUUGACCAGUACACCAUCGACCCCGGGACAAGAUACCCGAACCUCAACUCGUCUUGUGUCAGGCCGCACCAGGUGCGUCACCUGUACAUCAGUAGCGAGCUGAAUUCCUGCUCUCUGGAGCGUGCUGCUACCAUCCGCCGACCUGUCAAUCUCUGCAGGCGAGAGUCAGAGAUCAGACCGGCGAGGCUCCUCACCUGGUGCCAGAAACAGACGGAGGGCUACAGGAACGUCACCAUUACAGACUUGACGUCUUCGUGGAGAAGUGGCAUCGCCCUGUGCGCCCUCAUCCACAGGUUCAAACCCCAGCUGAUAGACUUUGAGUCCCUGAACGAGGAGGAUCACUCUGAGAACCUGCAGCUCGCCUUCGACGUCAGCGAACGAGAGUUUGGGAUCAAACCGCUGAGCGUCGACCAGGAAUUAGACAAGACCACCAUGAUCUCAUACCUGUCCAAGUUCUACGAGCUGUUCAGAGGAACACCGCUACCGGCCUCAGGUUCCAGAGGAGUGGAUGAAAACAAUGAAGAUUAUCCAUCUAAGGAAGUCAGAAGUAAUAAUAACGUGCUCAAUCUUGCACAGCCCAGGAAGCGGGUACCGAAGGAUGAGAAGAAGUCAGACGGUACAGAUCCCAUUUACAAAAGGAGGCGGAAAUUCUGCAGUUAUCUGGAGGAGGCCACCAAUCUGUCCAGUAAUGGCUCCGCGGUGCGAGAGGACCCAGAGCCCAAAGAAAACAAAGUGCGCUCCAUGGCUACUCAGCUGCUGGCCAAAUUUGAGAGCAAACCCAACUACACUCUCCGGAAAACACAGUCAGACUGUGAGGAGUUCACCCUGCCGCAACCUCUUCCCCUGACCGAGAGUCGGCCCGUUAGAGUCAGGCCUCCUCCGGUCCCACCUAAACCUCGUCCUGAGCUGCAGUUUGAAGUCAGUAUCAGAAAAGCAGCCGGACACUUAGUUCCUCCAAAGACUCUUCCCAAACCUCAGCUCCCGCCUCCAUCUCAGCACCCGUUCUCUCUAGUGAAGCUCAGACAUGUUGAGGAGCUGCAGCCGGAGAGAGCAGCAGACCCCCCUGCUCCUCCUUCUCCUCCUCCUCCUCCUCCUCCUCCCUCCCUCAACUCGGCAAUCCAUUUCAUGUCGAGAGUCCUCCAGCGCCUCAGGGAGGUGGACGAACACGUCUCUGAGAAAAAAGCUCAGACACAACAGGCGAGAGAGUUUCAGGCAAAGAGUAUAAAGGAGAAAGCUGUUCACCUUAGAGGGUUGUUCUCAGCAGAACUCUCUGCUGGAGUCCAGGGCGGUUCAGUACGGAGGGCGUUCCCUCCGUCAGGUGACAAGUGUCACUCGUGUGAUCGUCGUGUCUACAUGGUGGAGCGGGUCUGUGCCGAGGGUCUCUACUUCCACAGGGAGUGUUUCCGCUGCUGUACCUGCAGCUCCACGCUGCGGCAGGGAGCACACGCCUUCGACUCUGAACAGGGGAAAUUGUACUGCAAACUUCAUUUUGAUCAACGCAACAGUGGGACAAACAUACGCAGGACUUUCUCUCUACGCUCAAUUCGUCCCGGAGCUGAAGUUCAGGAGCAAAGUGCCCCUGAUGGAGCGCGCUCGGAGUCCAGCAGCCCAGCAGCCCUGCAGAGCCCGUCAGCAGGUACCUUCAGCUCCUUCAUGAGGAAACACCUGAGCUGGCCCCUGAGUGUGACCCGCUCUGUGUGUAACGCCCCCUGGUAUCUGUCCAACCGUGUGCGCAGCACCGCUCGGGCCCUCGCCGCCCACCUGCGGGACAAUGCCCAGGACUAUGCUUCCCUGUAUGAGCUACUGAGCAUGAGCUUACCCCUGCUGCUUGUUUUACAAGAGGUACUGCUGCAGAUGUACACAGAGGCCUCAGUGCAUGAUGAUGGGCCGGGCACUCUGCAGCCUCUAGUGCUGUGGCUGCAGGAGCAACUAGGCCACAGGCUCAUCUAGCUGUUAAUAUUUGACUCCAAAUGCCAUUAAAUCUGUGGCCGACGUGCACAUUAGCAGGAAUGUUCAUGUCAUGAUAUCAUUUGUAGCCGUGCACAAGCACCUUUUGUAAUGUUUACUUGCCUUUUAUGAUGAUACUGCUCUCAGUGUCAUGGGUGUGUGUGUGUGUGUGUGUGUGUGUGUGAGAGUGUGUGCAUCAGCCAAAGAAGAGACACUGUGGGUUGCUCAUGCAACUGUUUGCAAUUUACUAACUACAGGGGUAAAUGAAUGCUGCACCAAAUGUUUUUUUGCAGUGGAUUUGCUGUGGAAACUGUGCAUUAUUUGUAGGGUUAAAUUAAGUUAAACAAAUAGAUGUUAAGGGACGGUUCACCCCUAAAAUAAAAAAUACAUUUUUCUCUAAUUACUCUAGAUCAGGGAUCUCAAACUCGCGGCCCGCGGGCCAAUUGCGGCCCUCGUGACAAUAUUUUGUGGCCCUCACCUUGAUAUGAAAGUUUAAUGAAUUCAUUGUAUAUGAAUGGCACUUUACCGUGUUGUGUGUGGAAGGUCCCUUUAAUUACUUUUUUUGGGUAAUUUUGUGUCUUU